CAUUCCUUCUACUUGGAUCUCCACCAUUGCGUUCAAUCCCAGGCCCUGUCUCGGUGUGCACACCUAAAAGUUUGAAACCAUGCAGCCCAGUGAGGUUGCAGAACUCCAUUAUCUGGUUUCUUCGUGUCAAAAUCUAUAUACACCUUAUCCUGAUUUGAACCAGAACAACACAACCGCAUUUCAGCUUAGCAGAUCCUUUAAUCCUCUAUAUAAUCUUCACAUCACUCCUCAAGUUCAGGAAUUCAACCCACAGCCAACAUGUUUUAGCAGUAACUCAACUUCAGACGAAGCAGAUGACCAACAGCUAAGUCUCAUCAACGAGAGGAAGCAGCGGAGAAUGAUAUCUAACAGAGAGUCCGCACGCCGAUCUCGUAUGCGCAAGCAGAAGCACCUGGAUGAGCUCUGGUCACAAGUUAUGUGGCUGCGAAACGAGAAUCACCAACUCAUAGAUAAGCUAAACCAUGUUUCAGAAUCCCAUGACAGGGUCCUCCAGGAGAAUGCUCAGCUCAAAGAAGAAGCAUCAGAACUUCGUCAGAUGCUCACUGACAUGCAGCUGAACAGUCCCUACCCUACUUUGGGAGAUUUCGAUGAUAUUAACUGCAACACAGCUUAAGGCCACAAUAUUGUUUAUCCAAUUUUCCUUUCCUAAGUCCAUCACUAUUUUCCAUGUUUUAAGCUGUGGGAGAUUGAGAGAGGCAAAAUGCAAUGAUGCCAUCUGUGUGUUUUGUCUUA